AUGGAUGGAAACAAAGACGAUGCGUUGAAGUGCCUGAAAAUCUGCAAGGAUGCUAUCAAAGCCGGAGAUCGAUCCCGAGCUAUGAAAUUCCUGUCUAAAGCUCGUCGUCUCGAUCCGGAUCUCCCGAUUGAUGAUCUCGCAUCUGAGCUCAAUAAACAAUCAGAUGAAGCAGGAUCGGCAAAAUCGCCUGGAUCUGCCGCCGCGAAAGAUGCAACCAAUUUGUCAGAUCGGCCUUCUCUACGCCAACGUGGAUCGUCAACGGCGUCAUCGUCUUCUUCGAUUUCCUACACUGAAGAACAGAUCUCGAUCGUGAGGAAGAUAAAAUCGAAGAAGGACUAUUACGAGAUCUUAGGCUUGGAAAGCAACUGUUCAGUCGACGAUGUGAGGAAAGCUUAUCGGAAACUCUCCCUGAAAGUCCAUCCCGAUAAGAACCCAGCUCCUGGAUCAGAAGAAGCUUUCAAAUCCGUCUCCAAGGCGUUUCAAUGCUUAAGCAACGAUGAAGCUAGGAAAAAAUACGACGUCAGUGGAUCCGAUGAGCCAAUCUAUCAACCCCGCCGAUCUGCGAGAAGCAACGGAUUCAAUGGCGGAUACUACUACGAAGACGAAUUCGACCCCAACGAGAUUUUCAGAAGCUUCUUCGGCGGAGGAGGAAUGCCUCCGGCGGCUGCUCAAUUCCGAUCAUUCAAUUUCGGAGCUACUCGCCAUAGAACAGCGAAUCAUAACAAUCAAGCUCCUGAAGCAGGUUUCAAUGGUCGUAUACUUCUCCAGCUUCUACCUGUUAUACUCAUACUCUUGCUCAACUUCAUGCCUUCUUCUCAACCUGUUUACUCGCUCUCUGCAACUUACCCCUACCAAUACAAAUUCACCACAGAGAAGGGUGUCAAUUACUAUGUGAGAUCUUCCAAAUUCGAGCAGGAUUACCCACGGGACAGCCACGAGCGGCAGACGCUGGAAGAACAAGUUGAGAGAGAUUAUGUGUCUAUACUUAGUCAGAAUUGUAGGUAUGAGCUUCAGAGGCAACAAUGGGGAUUUGUUCGUGAAACGCCUCACUGUGACAUGAUGAGGAAAUUUGAGACUGCUGCUACUUAG